AUGCAAGAACUGAGAAUAAUACUAAUCAUUAUUGGUUUAACAUUGGCGAAUGUUAUCUAUGCACAAAUUGAUUUAACUGUUUGUCCCGGUGGCUUUACUAAUGUCCAUGAUCCUAAAUGGCAAAUGACUCCAUCGUGGUUUGAAAUUGUGACAGAACUUGUUGAUGCGAAUGGAACAAUAGAUGUCUCACAAUCAUUUGCACCAUAUUAUGAUGUUGUAACAAAAAAUUCAAAAGAUGGAGUCAUGAAAUCCUACUGGAACUUUCUCACGAAUGAAACAUUUGACAUUGUACCUGCUACGAAUCGUGAACAAACGAGACCACAAUGUGUUCGACAAAUAAUUCAGUCUACAUCAGAAACAAGUAUUAUUCAACCAAAUAGACUUUUUCUUAAACCAUCCGUUUUACUUGGUUUUGAUGUUCGCAAUCAAGUGAAUAAACUCUGGAGUAUUCAAUAUAUUGGUGAUGAAGAUCUACAUGGUAUUUCUGCAAAUAUAUUUACAUCAUGUUUUUAUGUUAAUGAUACUCGAACAACUGUAUCUGCAACAUAUUAUGUAUCAGAUGCAACGAAAUCUCAAACAUAUCUGCCGCAAAAUAUAAGUCUUAUAUUACAAAUAAGUGUUAAGAGUAUCAAUGAAGUUGGUUAUAAAGAAUCAUAUCAAUACAAUGUAUUACGUUAUACGCCUAAUCCAAACCGUAACGAGGAAUUCGAAACAAUAGAAACUCCGCCAGGUGUAUUUUGUUUAAAUCGAACGUCUCAAUUAAUUUUACCCUCAAGUAUUUCUCCUGUAGCUAUCGGAAAUGGAGAAAGAUUUUCCUCACAAGAAACUUUUCCAGUCGUAAGUUCACGUAGUGCAUAUCAUGUUCAGUAUGACUUCAGCCGUUUUGAUGUUUGGCAUCCAAAUAUAUCAAAUGAAUCACAAUUGUUACAUACCACUGAACUACAUGACUUUCGAACUGGUCUCAAGUAUCAGUAUAAUAGUGCAACAGGUCAAUGCAGUGUUCUAAAUAUGACUUACAAUGAUACUGAUGCUAUGACAGUGAAUGGAAAACCAAAUUUCAUACAGAUGGGUUCAGUGCAACAUUUCUUUGCCAUGGAUGAUAUUCCAUAUCAAUAUACCGGUGAAAAACGGUGUCGUCAUCAUGUUUCAUGCAAUGUAUGGAUUGGUGAAAAAGUAUUGCCAAAUAAUUCAUUUCAAUAUCGAGAAUGGUAUUGGGUAAAAGGUAUUAAUAAUGAACUCUUAAGUUAUUGGGCUCCAUGGAAAAUGGUUAUAAAAAAUUAUGCGAAUGAUGUUCUGUCAUAUAUGGUUGAAUCAAAUGUUUUUAAUUUUCAUGAUCCGCUAAGUAUAGUUCCUGAAUUUAGUGACACACUCGCCAAUUGCUAUCGUUCGUUAGGCCACAGAGAAAACUUUAAUGUUGCCAUAAUAUCGUUUAUUGUGGACAAUGAUCAUGACUAUCCACUAAUAAAGAAUGUUGAAUAUUUACGAGAUACGAUUUUUGACACAUUGGCAUAUAGACUUGGAGUGCGACCCUUUCGAAUUUCGAACGUCAUUAUUAAUUUCAAUGGCAAAGAUAUUCUUGUAACAUUCACAUUACUAGAUGCAACACCUUUCCUCGGACUAGUAUCGACAAUUAUACAUGAUGAACCGCUUACCUCACGUAUCGAAUAUCUUCGAUAUAUGAUCGACUCACAUACUUUGCAAUUUGAUAUUCGAGACGGUAGUAAAGAUUACUAUGUGUGGGCACGAAACAAUUCACUUCGGGCUAUCAAUACUGGUUUUGAUCCAAAUCCAACUGAAUGUGAUGGUGAAAGUUGUGUGCAAACUACGACUCCUCCUCCAUGUCUCAAUAUAACUACUGAAGUAAAUCAAAAUCUUGAAAUAGUAUAUAAGAAUUCGGGUCCAUUAAUCACUGGUUUCUGGAUUAGUUUCGUCGUAUUAGGUGUUUUGAUUGGUGCAGUCGGUGGCUUUUUUGUUUUGAAACGUUUCUACAAACGAUGA